AUGGUGGCGCAGGGACUAGAAGCAGGUGGGGCUGUCAAGGCCCACCCCAGGAGCUCAUUUCUGCCAGGCCACACACAGGCCAAAGGUGUCUGUGCCCUUCUGGAAACAGAAGCACCAGGUGCAACAGGUAGCUUUGGAGGCCAGAUGUGCAGGACCCUUUGGAGUUUACAGUUGGUUGUGAGCUGCCCGGGGAGUGCUGGGAGAUGCUUGCUAGCAGAGAAAAUAGAAAACAAUCAGAACAUUGGUGUCGAUGGCUGUUUUAUUAACCUCUUAACCUAUUUUCUGGCUGCUGGUGCCAUUAGUCUGGGAAUUGGUUUCUUAGCUUUGUCAUCUGCUUUGUGGUUCCUGAUUUGCAAACGAAGGGAAUUAUUUCGAAGUCCCAACAUUAGAUCAAUUGAUGAAAAGCUGAAACAAAGACUAUACAAACGGAAGGCUAAACCACAGUCUGUUUUCAUUUCCCGAAACUUCCACACUGGCCAAUCUCAACCACAGGUGGAGCACAGAGAAAGGGAAGCAGCACAAAUGAAAGCAGUCAACUCUAAAGAUGAAUUCUGCCUUCCGGACCCUGUAGACGGAGAGUCCCCUGACAUGCUCUCAGUAGAAAAUGGCAGCAGUGUGACAGUGAGUUUCUCAACGUCCAUCCCUAGUUCGUAUUGCAGCCAAAGCGUGGAAGCAGCUGAUGAGUGGUUCUCGAAUGACUCUCUAGAAGCCAAGACUCCCCCAGAGCCUUUACUUGGGGAACCUCUAGCAGAAAAGGUGUUAGCAUACCUGUCAAGCAUCUCAUUAGAAGAAUGGCCUAGAAACACGAUGAAUGUGACAUUUUGUGGCAUUCGAAAAGAUGAAAACACUAAGGAAAUGUUUUCACAAAGAAACACAGAGGCUGGCGUACACAACCUUCCAUGUGAUAUUGAAUAA